GUAGCCUUAGUAGCGUCAGGAAGACAGAAUCAGAUUCUCGGAAACAAUCAGCAAUCAAACACUUAAAUUCUCACUACGGUUUUGUUGAUCUUUGUUUCGCAGUGUAAGAGAAAUGGCAAUGAUUCCCAGUUUCUUUGGCAACCGAAGGAGCAGCGUCUUCGAUCCGUUCUCUCUUGAUGUUUGGGAUCCUUUCAAGGACUUCCCUUUCCCUUCCUCACUCACCACGAAUACAUCUGAAACCUCAGCUUUUGCCAAUACCCGAAUCGACUGGAAGGAAACCCCUAAAGCUCACGUGUUCAAGGCUGAUCUUCCAGGGCUCAAGAAAGAAGAAGUGAAAGUUGAGAUUGAAGAUGACAGGGUGCUUCAAAUCAGCGGAGAAAGGAAAAUAGAAAAGGAAGACAAGAACGACACCUGGCACCGCGUGGAGCGGAGUAGUGGCAAGUUCUCAAGGAGGUUUAGGUUGCCGGAGAAUGUGAGGAUGGAUCAAGUUAAGGCUUCCAUGGAAAAUGGGGUUCUUACUGUUACUGUUCCCAAGGUGGAAGUGAAGAAACCUGAUGUCAAAGUCAUUGUGAUUUCUGAUUAAAAACCUGAAGGGCUU